CUUGUAAUGGAAACAUAAUCUCACCGACCUCUCUAAAACCCUUAUUUAAAGCUACUCUCCUCUUGUUGCCUUCUCCUCACAAAUCUCUCAAAUUUCUUUAACCUAAUCACACUAAAAAGUCUCCUCCUUUUCUAUACACUCUCCUCGGUUCCAUCUCUAGGACGUGUGCAGAUAUGGCUGCCGAGAGAGGUUUUCUUGAUGCACAAGUCUCUGAGGCUUUUGUGGAAAAGUACUAUCGUCUUGUUGGGACGAAGACUCAUGCAGUUCAUCAGUUUUAUGCCGAUGGUAGUAUUGUGACCAGACCAGGACCUGAUGGUACUGUGAUGUCUUUUUCAUCCCUCGAGGCUAUCGAGAAGCAUUACCUUUCCUCUUACUAUGAUGGGUUUACAUUCAAUGUGCUCAGUGUUGAUUCUCAGAGUUCGUUGGGAGAUGGGUUGUUCAUCAUGGUUGUUGGUUUCUUGACUGGUAAAGACAACCUCAAGAGGAAGUUUUCCCAAGCGUUCUAUCUUGCACGUCAGACCGGUGGCUAUGUUGUCGUGAAUGACAUUCAACGUUUUGUUGGUGAGGAGAGAUCCACUCCAAGAUCUCUUCCAUCAGAAGUUGCAAAACCAGUUGAAGAGGUAAAAAAGACAAAGCAGGUCAAAAAAGCCACCAAGAAGAAGUCUGUUGGUGCUGCUGAGGUUAAGAAGGUGGUUGCUGUUGCUACUCCUUUGGAAAAAGUUGUUACUGCUCAAAAACCUAAAGAGCCAGUGGCUGAAACAUCAGCUACUCCUUGUCUUGAUGGAGCCAGUAAAUCUUUUGCUUCAAUGGUUCUAUCAAUGUCGAGAAACCCUGCCCCUGUCCAAGUUAAAGCAGCCCCGGUUCAGAACCCUAGUUCCGUGGCACAGCCCAAACCCAAUGUAGCUCCAGAACCUGUAAAGAAAAGUGAACACAAGAUGGUUGACGAACCAGGCACAUCGAUAUUUGUGUCAAAUCUGCCAAUGGAUGCAAGGUGGUCUCAAGUCUCUGAGCUGUUCAAAGGUUUUGGCCCUAUCAAAGAACAUGGAGUUCAAAUCAGACACUCCCGGGAUAGUGGAAGAUGCUUUGCCUUUGUUGCCUUUGAGUCUGUUGCUUCUGUCCAGAGUGUGCUUAAGGCUGCCAAGAGCAAUCAGUUCAAGCUUGGGGAUCAUAAGCUUCGUGUAAGGGAAAAGCAAGUUGAGUUUUAUGGAAGCAAACCGUCUGGUGGGAUAAGUGAAGGUCGAAGCAUGAGUCAGAGCGGUUCUGUAGAUGGAAGCAAGACUGAGAAUGGCUCUGAAGCUGGCUUAGAAGAAGAUGGAGAUGGCUUUACGCUGUUCAUAAGCCGUAGGAAAAGAAAAGAGAAUAGGAGACAAUAAUUGCCAAAAGAAACAGUCAAGGAUGAGCUCCUGAAGCUCGGUGCUCUCCUCUGCAAAACACCAAUACAAGAACUGGUACACUUUCUUAGAAAAGUUGAUUAUUCGAAGAGUUAAGGGAAGAGCUUGUAACUUGAAAAUAUUCCGGCAUUGAUUCACAUCUGUACUGUCCAGAAAUAAAAUUUAUAAAUCUUGUUCUU